AUGGUAUCCACGCCAGAGUUGAAAAAAUUCGUGGAUAAAAACCUCAAAAUUACACUCAACUCAUCGAGAGUAGUCAGAGGGAGACUUGCAGGCUAUGACCUUUUCCUCAACUUGAACUUAUCAGAUGCUGUGGAACUGAUUACAAAUAAACAAUCUACAGAUGAAGUGAAAGUGGGAAGUUGUAUCAUCAGAGGUAAUUCGGUCAUUAGCAUAGAGCCAGUGGAAUGA